AUCACCGACGGAGCACGUAAAGGAUGGUGACCGAGCUUGGGCUCUGUAGUUGCCUAUACGUAUCCUACCGAAUUCUAUAAGUUGGCGAUCGACUAUCCCUUAUAGAGUCUGGAAUCCACGAUCACUUUGGUGAAUCCUAUCUGGUCCUUUACGAUACUUGUAUGCUGUUAUACGACCCGUGAGCCAUUCCAAGCGCAUCCCCGUCGUAUCCCUCAACUUUGCAACGGACCCUCCAACCGAAGACGCCGCUACACUUCCCCCCCAGAGCCCUGUCUCUCCUACCACCGUGUCGGGUGGUCGUGUUCUGAUAAUCUCCCUUCCUUGUACUCCAAGUUCCGUGCACUCUCUCAACCUGUUACUUCCUUCCCCUUCCCCCUCCAACACCUUCCUUCUCAACAACGGGGAAAAUCUUCUAUCCUCAGCCUCCUCCCCCUUCCGCUCUCAAUAGUUCACCGGAGCUUCCUGUUGUCUCUCUCGCUCCAGAGACAACCCCGCUCAGUCCACCCCUCACUCACUAUCCCACCACCCCUCAUUCCGCUGCUCGGCCUCCACGCAACGACCUCUCUCGCCAGCGAAAAAGGGAAAAAAGGAGGAAAAUACAUAAAUUAUCCGACAGUGUCGACGUAACGGUCUUGAACUUGGUCCUUAUACCCCCUUAUUGCAAUGGCCGAUCCCAUUGCAUCAGCGGUGGCUAUGGAGAAUAGCAGAAAGCAGGAGAAUGCUAUUCGUGCUGUGAUUGAUAAGAAGCCGCCGCCGGAGAUUGAUUUCACUCUACAUACCAUGGAGGAUGGGACUCAAGUUUCAACGCUUGAGCGGGUUUGCAAGGGUAUGUUCUGCGAGUUUGUCCCUUUCGCUUCCGACUUUUUAUCAUAUUGGAUGUUGCUAUCCCCCCAUCUCACUCUGCCUAUCGUUUGCCCCUCCUUACGAGGGAUGUUCCUGGUUACUGGCAUCUUGCAUGAAGGUUUAUCUCAUCUCCUUUGCCCUCGGCUUCGAAGUGCUUGAUGAGAGAGUAUCCGUUUUAUGUCCACCCGACUUUUGUCAUCCCUUGACGGGUUUGCGGGAUUAGGCCUAUUUUGUGUUGCCUGUUUCUGCGUUUGCUUUUUCAUUGCUACAAAUUUAGUUAAUCAUUUUCCCUUCUCUGAAAUAGAUGUGCAGGCACCCGCAUUCCACAAGCCUACAGAUGAGCAGUUUUACGACUCUAAUGACCCUACAAAGCCGGAUCUCGCUUUCCUGAAGCAGCACUUUUAUCGCGAGGGUCGCCUCACCGAAGAGCAGGCUAUCUUCAUUAUUAACCGCGGUAGUGAAAUUCUUAGAACCGAGCCCAAUCUCCUGGAGAUGGACGCGCCGAUCACUGUGUGCGGCGACGUUCACGGGCAAUAUUACGACUUGAUGAAAUUAUUUGAGGUUGGCGGGAAUCCGGAGGAGACUAGAUAUCUGUUUUUGGGGGAUUACGUCGAUAGAGGGUACUUUAGUAUUGAGGUGUGUUGCUUCCUUCUUUCCGGGUCAUUCUGGAGCGAAUUGUUGUGUGAUUUCGAGUCUAGUCUCACUUUGGUUUGAAAAAUAGUGCGUUUUAUAUCUUUGGGCGCUGAAGAUCUGGUAUCCCAAUACCCUUUGGCUUUUGAGAGGCAAUCAUGAGUGCAGGCAUUUGACAGAUUAUUUUACCUUCAAGUUGGAAUGUGGGUCAAUUUAUUAACCUAUAUUGCUUCCUUGGGAUUGCCUAACGAGGAUUCUCUAGGUAAACACAAGUAUUCUGAACGUGUAUAUGAAGCUUGUAUGGACAGUUUCUGCGCCUUGCCGCUGGCAGCAGUUAUGAACAAGCAGUUCUUGUGUAUUCACGGUGGAUUGAGUCCUGAGCUCCAGACCUUGGAUGAUCUGCGAAGUGUACGCCAUGACCUUCUUAUAUAUUCGGGAGUGCGGGACUGACUGUGACAUAGAUUGACCGUUUCCGCGAACCCCCCACCCACGGUUUGAUGUGCGAUAUUCUUUGGGCCGACCCUCUGGAAGAAUUCGGACAAGAGAGAACUUCUGAUUUCUUCAUCCACAAUCAUGUUCGGGGUUGCUCCUACUUUUUCUCAUACCCUGCUGCUUGCUCGUUCCUUGAAAAGAACAAUCUGCUCUCAGUCAUCCGUGCGCAUGAGGCACAGGAUGCAGGGUACAGGAUGUACAGGAAGACCAAGACGACUGGAUUCCCUAGCGUCAUGACCAUCUUCUCUGCGCCGAAUUACCUUGAUGUGUACAACAACAAGGCGGCUGUUCUGAAAUAUGAGAACAAUGUCAUGAAUAUCAGGCAAUUUAGUACGUUUGACCUAUCUACCGUAUUUAUUUAUUUCAUGAUGUCUCUCCGGGGUUUGAAGUGCUAAUAACGCUGCCGCAAGAUUGCACCCCCCAUCCUUACUGGUUACCUAACUUUAUGGACGUUUUUACCUGGUCACUUCCCUUCGUUGGUGAAAAGAGUGAGUUCCUGUUCUCGGACGGUCCAAUCAGAUGCUAAUUGCAACUCCCACCCCUAGUUACCGAUAUGCUCAUCGCUAUUCUCAACACUUGCUCUAAGGAGGAACUAAAUGAGGAUAUGCCUCUUUCCCCUUCAUCUAGCGACCCGUUGUCCCCUCCUCCUGAGCCUGAGACCGAUCCCAAUAGCCCAGAUGCCAAGCGCCGCGCUAUUAAGAAUAAGAUUCUCGCUAUUGGACGUCUAUCCCGUGUCUUCCAAGUCUUGCGUGAAGAAUCUGAGCGCGUGACUGAGCUCAAGACUGCCACUGGUGGUAGACUUCCGGCCGGAACGCUCAUGCUUGGGGCAGAGGGCAUUAAGGAUGCUAUCACUUCCUUUGAGGAGGCAAGGAAGGUCGACCUCCAGAACGAGAGAUUGCCUCCAAGCCAUGAGGAAGUGGAGAAGAAGGGUAAGGAGGCCAAGGAGGAGGCAAUGAGCCGUGCUGUGAGGGAGGCGGACAACGACAAGGAGUUGAACAGAGUGGCAAGGAGGAUCAGCAUGUAAGUUUGAAAGCCUCUUCUCCGAGUAGAGGCAACUUGCGCUAUUAUUAUUACCAUUUUGCUAUCGAUGGUAGGUAGGUGGAAAUAAGGCUAACAUUCACUCGAGGACAGAGUCUAAGUCAGGAGGGAGCGGAAGUUCGAGCAAAAGGUGAUCAACUUAGUUUGCCCGUGUGAAGGAGGAGGGAGCAAAAGGAAUGGCAUUUUUUUCUUGGCUAGAAUUCUAUGAUCGAUGGGCGGGGCGGGGAGGGUUUUCUUCUAUGUUUUCUUCUCACUUGUGUUUGGGUCGCCUUUGGGAAUAGCCUUUCGUACGGACCAAUGCCGACAUAAAAUGCCAAUUAUAUAUCCCACCCAUAUUUUGUAUUCCCCUUUCUACUCUCCCCCACCACUUUAUACAGCCCCCUUGUUUCAGUCUCCUCUUGUAUAAUCAAUGAGAACAAAAAACCGUAAUUCCAAUCACCCUCUUGUUUUCAUAUCCACUUCCAAUAGUUGUAUUUUGUUUAUCUUGGCUUGGCUGAGCGAAUGGCGGUUUGUGAUGGUAUGGUUAUUGAUUUUCUUUGGUAGUUUUUUUCUUUCUUGGUUUCUUGAGUGACUCUCGACUUAAAAAGGUAAGCUGUGUGUAUUCUUCGCGCAGUAUCAUAUAUAGCAGAGGUAGAUUUGGGGGUUUCUUUAUUGAGUUGUGGCACUGGGUUUUGUUGAAAGGUUUAUCGGGGUAUCUGAUGGGUGGAGUAAGUACAGACUGAGAUGACUCGUGCUGCGCUUGUACUAGUCGCCCGUCACCCAUAUCGUAUUACUAUCAGUGGCCCAUCUCCCGCCCCUCACGUAAGGGACAAAUCAAAAAAAAAGUAAGGGAGGCAGUAAUAUGAUGGGGAUCACCCCCAGAUAACAGAAAUAAAGGAGUUGACGCAAAACAAGGGGUAAAGAAAAAGGUCUUGCUGGGAGUCGAACCCAGAUUGCGGGAAUCAAAAUCCCGAGUGCUAGCCAUUACACUACAAAACCUGUAAUUGUUGAACAUGAGUGGUGUUUGCUGGAUUUAUUUUCGAGUGAUAGGGCCAUACGGUUGUGGGAGGAGGGGGUGAGUCACGUGAGUCACGUGUGUUUAAAGCAUAUUGGGGGGGGGGGGGGUGCAGGAAGGGUUUGAAGAGCGUUGUGGGCGGAAGGAGGAGUAGGAUUCCGGAGAUGGAAAUGGUUUAUUGGAAUUUGGGGGAAUGAGGUAGAAUAGCUGCUUUGCUCAGGUGAGUACUAUAACUGCAAAGAGGUUAAAGACGGAUUCUGUUUUUUAUUAUUGGCACCAGGGCUGGAAGAGGAAUGGUUAACAAGAAAAAAAAACCAUUUUAGAAAGAAUCAAAGCAAUGAAAAUGAAUAUUAGUUUUGGACUAUUAUAAUAAUAACCACUCUCUCAAAUGCCAGGAAUAAGAAUUUUAACUUUAAAGAAAUAAUACUACAAUUAUGAACUUGAGGGCCUAAGAUAUUAUCAUUAAUUUUUAAGGAUUUAACAUAUAUAGAGGUAUUCAAUAUAUAAACUAUAGUGUAGGGGUACUGUUUAAGCAGAAAUUAUUUUAGAAAUUAAGUUUUUAUCUAGUAUCAUAGUUGGAAGAAGAGAUUUAAUUUUUUCCGAGCAUUAGUUAAUUUGUGUUA